AGAAAAAAAAAGAGCAUUCCUUUUGGCUCAAUUCAAUUUUCCCUCUGGUUCCCGCUCACCAUUUUCCAUUUCCCAUUCUUCAAAAAACAAAUAUUAUUCCGAACAUCUGCAAAAGGGGAAGAAGUGAUAACAAUGGUGGGAGGCAAUACAUUUGCGAAGACAAUUUGCUCAAUAUGCUAUGAGGAUCUCAAACCUGUUGUCGAAGACCUUCAGUCCAUUUCUCUUUGCGGCCACGUCUUUCACGAACUCUGUCUUCAGCAAUGGUUUGAGUAUUGUACAAAUGGAAAGAAGAAGAACUGCCCAGUUUGCAAACAGACCUGUACGGAGAAAAACACAAAUAGGCUUUAUUUCCAAUCAGUUGGUGAUCCAAAUGAUCCUAGUCUCUCCCAGCAACCACAUGACUUUGAAGGGGGGACUCCCUGCGAAUUACGCAAUGAGGUCAAAAGGUUAGAGGGAAAAGUUUUAAAACUGGCUUCUACUCUGGAACAGCAACAGGAAGAUCUCAAAGAAGUUAACGUUGAGUUUUUCAGGUGCAAAGAGCAGUUGAAAGUAGAAGUGGCUCUAAAGAAUGAAGCUAAAAAACAGAAGACAACCAUUCAGCAGUUGCUUAAUGUUAAAUCUCAGGAGCUAGAUCAAUCAACCUUGGAAUGCAGAAGACUGCAAGAAAGAAAUAUGGCCCUCGCUAAGGAGCUUGCAGCACUCAAGCUAGUCUGUGAUGUGAACUUGGGGGAAGCAGAGGUCUUGAAGCUUGCUUCGUUGGGGAAUGAGGCCAACAGUAAAGAGACAAUUGACGUCUUGAAAAAGUCACUGGUCAUCCGUAACAAGAGUUACAAAGAAUUGAUGACCAAGUGCAACACCCUUGGGAGGGGAGAGGCUCGUUCUCUUGGUAAGCUUGAGAAGGCCAGAGAGAGGAUAGAUAAGCUCAAGGCAAGAGUUCAAGAGCUUGAGAUGGCUGUUGAAGGAAGAGACAAUGAAAUUUUGAGAACUUUGAGAGCUUCCAAGAAUUUUGAAGUAGAAUCUAGAAAAGGUUUUAGUAAAGAACCGAAAGUUGUCAAAUGCUCACACGAGAAUCAGAAAAAGGAACUUUCUGAGACAGUAGUGCGUUUGCAUCAGGUCACUGGCUCUGGUCAUGAUUCUGGUCGAGGGGAAAAAAGAAAGCUUAUGUAUAAUGAUGCGAGCGAAAAAGAUACAACAGAUUAUAUGAUCACUAGUUGUCUUGAUCAAGAUAAUCAGGAGAAAAACUCUUUACAGGUAAAUAAGCUUGAAGACAUUUUGGAGACUUCCAGUUAUGUGCAUGGAGUAUCAAAUCGCAAACUGAAUCCACUAACUGACCAUAAGAAGUCAGUCCAUGAGAGUGUUUUGUCAAGGUUGAAGGUAAGUUCGGGGACUGCAGAUGGAACUCAAGUAAAGGUAUCAGAUAACAAGGAUGAACUUUCAGGCUUAAGGAAUUGUGGAAAGAACAGUACAGUAAACAUUUCACCUGUAACUAUUCUUGAUGACGAUGAUCUUCUCCCUCUAGAUGACUUUACUCACCGUGAGCCCUCAUUUAACAUCAGAAAAGAGAGUUCUUCGCCAACUUCACUUGCUGAACUAGGAGAGCAUUGCUUCUCCGCUGGAUUAUUAGGUCCUGAUGGAACAAACAGGCACUUGGGAAAAUGGUGUAAGAAGGUGCAGAACAAGGGAUCUGCAGGGUUGCAAGGAGCAGGUGGAAAAUCUGGUGAUUUGAUUUCUGUCGGAGCUGAUGGCAGAGGCGGUAGUAUUAAAGUUCUCCGAUCAAUAAAUCAGCCCUCUAUGGACAAGGAGAGUGCAGUAUCAAUAAAGAGAUGCAAGUCAGGCACAAAAGCAAGUAGUUCACAGUCUCAAGGAUGCUUGCAAAUAGAACAUUUCUUCAGAAGGGCUGGUUAAUAGCUCUGUACUCAAUGGCACUUGUAGAAUUCUGCCCUGUAUAUUUUUUAUAAAGAUAAAAUAUGAGCAGCCAUUCAUUUUUCAGCCUUUAGAUUUGUACUGUUAGCUAGAUCUGGUUUUACCACCUUUUACUCAAAAAUACUUAAAAGAGAUCAAUGUGUUGUGCUGUAAAUACAUCUCUUGUAGUUUACAUCAAUAUUCAUUCAUCAGUCAUAAAACUAUAGAGGUGUUAGUCCAAAGCA